AAUCUCUGGCCGCUGCCUGUCAUCAACGACCCCGCUACUGACAGUCACCACCGACCAGCUCAGAAAAAGAAAGAGAGAAAAAAAAAAGAUUAGGAUGAACAGUUACUAAGAGAGGUAGGAAACCCGACGGCAACACUGUAAGGGACCGAGCAGAGAUUAAAACGUUAGCUACGCCGUUUAACGUUCACGUUACUCGGGAGUUGCGAUGGUCCAGUCAAGGGAUAUUUUUCUAGCCUUGCUUCUUGUGGGCUGUGCAGGUUCACUGGAAGUGCAGAUCAUACCCAGCCACGGUGAAAUUAGUCUUGGAGAGUCCAAAUUCUUCAUGUGUGAAGUUGUAGGCGUCGCCAAGCACAUAGACUGGUAUGGACCGAGCGGGGACAGGAUAGAACCUAACAGACCAGACAUAACAGUAACCCGUAACGAUGAGUCAUCUUCCACUCUCACGCUGUAUAAAGCUGGGACUGAAAAUGCAGGGACAUACAAGUGUGUCGCUACCACUGGAGAUCAGCAAGCGGAGUCAACUGUCAAAGUGAAAAUAUUCCAAAAAAUCACCUUCACAAAUGCACCUUCACCACAAGAGUUUACUGAAGGAGACAACGCCAACAUAAUCUGUGAUGUGGUCAGCUCACCUCCACCCACAGUCCUCUGGAAAUACAAAGGAACAAGAAUACAAAUGGAAAAAGACGUUCGGUUUAAGGUGCUGAACAACAAUCACCUUCAGAUCCGUGGCAUAAAGAAGACAGAUGAGGGCUCAUACACCUGCGAGGGUCGCCUCAUGGCUCGCGGUGAGAUUGAUCUGCGGGUCAUCAAGGUCGUUGUAAACGUGCUGCCGACCAUCAGGGUAUGGCAGUCAGAGGUGAAUGCCACAGCAGAUGUCGGGCAGUCUGCCAUGCUGACUUGUGCUGUCGAUGGCUAUCCUGAACCCAUGGUGACCUGGACAAGGAACCAAGUGGUUCUCGAGGCAGGAGAGAAGUACAGCUUUAAUGAAGAUGGGUCUGAAAUGUCAAUAAUGGAUGUUACCAAGCUGGAUGAGGGAGAGUACACCUGCAUUGCCAAGAACAAGGCUGGGGAAACUGAUCAGGAGCUCAGUCUGAGAGUAUUCGUCAAGCCUAAGAUCACAUACAUUGUAAACCAAAGCACUUCAGAGAUGGAGGAGCAGGUAACUCUGACUUGCGAGGCUUCAGGAGAUCCGACUCCCACCAUCAGCUGGAGCUACGGUGGGGAUGUCUUCACUGAAGGAGAGCAGGCACAUCUAAACAGGAUCUAUCAGGCAUCAUGGACUCGUCCCGAGCAGCACAAGAGUCCGGAUGGAAAUGUGGUGGUGAGGAGUGAUGCUCGUGUGUCCUCCCUCACUCUGAAGUAUGUCAAGUAUACUGACGCUGGCCAGUACCUCUGCUCAGCACGUAGUGCCAUUGGAGAGGAUGAGCAGUCAGCAUACCUGGAGGUCCGCUAUCCCCCUAAGAUCCACGGUGCAGUGGCAGUGUAUACCUGGGAAGGAAAUGCUGUCAACAUGAGCUGUGAGGUCAAAGCUCAUCCCAGUGAAGUGUCUAUUGUGUGGCUGAGAGAUGGACUGCAGCUACCCAACUCAAAUACAACCAAUAUCAAGAUCUUCAGAUCUCCAUUAGCCAGUUACAUGCAGAUAACCCCUGAGUCUGAAAAUGAUUUUGGGAGCUAUAACUGCACUGCUUCAAAUGAGAUGGGCACAGAGUCCAAGGAGUUAAUCCUCAUUCAAGCCGAGGUGCCAUCAUCUCCAUCCGUCAGUGAGGUGAAACCAUUCUCAACGACAGCACAGAUGCAGUUUGAGGAGCCCGAAUCCACCGGAGGUGUUCCUAUCCUGAAAUACAAAGCUGAGUGGAGGACGCAUGGCCGGGGCCACUGGGCACAUAAAGUUUUUGAGGUCGAAGAUGGCUCCAUCGGCGAGGUGACAAUCAAAGGCCUGAAUCCAGAGACCAGGUACGAAGUGAAGAUGUCAGCCAUCAACGGCAAGGGUGAAGGCGAAAGCAGCCCCGCUGAGUUCUUCAAGACCGAGCCCGUCCGAAAUCCCAAUCCUCCUAAGCUUGAAGGAGCACUUCAACCGAAAGGCAACUCCCUCAAAGUCAGCUGGAUCAAGCAGGAUGACGGCGGCUCGGCCAUUUUACAUUAUCUUGUCCGUUAUAAGCCAAUACAAGCGCCAGACUGGAAACCAGAAAUCCGGUUGCCCGGUGGCAGCGAGCAUGUGUUUCUGAGCGGGUUGGAGUGGGACACAGAGUACAAUGUCUACGUGGUGGCAGAGAAUGAGAAGGGCAAGUCCAAGCCAGCAACCAUGUCCUUCAGGACGUCCACAGAGCCAGCAGCCAUCCCAGAUCUGGGCGAAGAGUCAGCGCUCCCCAUGGGCACCAUGCUCUGGGCGGGGAUCCUUGUUGUAGUGUUUGUACUCCUGCUGCUGGCCGUGGAUGUCACCUGUUACUUUGUCAACAAAUGUGGCCUCAUCAUGUGCCUCUGUGGCAAGUCAGGCACGGGGACCAAAGGACACAACAUAGAAGAGGGCAAGACCAUCUUCAUGAAUGAUGAGUCCAAAGAGCCAAUAGUGGAAGUCAGAACAGAGGACGAGUGCACAGCCAAUCAUAACGCAGCAGGACCGACAGAGCCCAGUGAAACCACACCUCUCACAGAGCCAGAGCUGGCGGCUUACACUGCUGCUCUGGCACUGGACACCCUCUCCUCCGUAGCCACCAACUCUGACACAGCCACUGCAACAAUUGACCCCGCUCAGGACAGCCCCUCUAGCGAGACCACUACCCUCACUUGUAGCCUGUCUACCCCGGCCAACGACCCCUCACCCAGCCCCAUAUCGGCCCCAGCGCCGACCCCAGAGUCAAACACGGCCCCGCCGACUCCCCUCAUCUCCACCUCCGCCGUCGAAGCUAAAAUGGCCCCGUUAGUAGAACAAAGAGGAAGUAACUCCCCGGAAGAGCAGGAGAAAAUUUCCUCUCCUCCUUUCAGUCUUGAACAGACUGAAUCUCAAAAAUCUGGUACGCCAAUUCCACCUAAGCGUAGACACUCUCCUAAACUUGCAGCUUUGAAAGCUAAAGGUAGCCCCCCUGUAUCGCCACUCGCUGCAUCUUCCCCUGCUCCCUCCCCCACGGUAACCACCAAGAAACCUGCUCCGAGCCCGCCGGUCACCAAGCUUCCCACGCAGCCAGACACUGCAGCCUUAGAGAUCAGCACACCAGCACAAACUGCCUCCACUAUAGCAACCACUGCCACUCCAAAACUAGACCAUGAUUUAAAAACCACUGCCCCAUAUCUCAGUGGGUGCAGCCUUACUGCCUUUGAUAUUACCAAACCUGCUGACCAAAAUGUGGACACAAACAUAUCUACUGCCAAAGAUACUACUCCUCUAGUUGCAGGCGUCCCCUGUCCUCUACCUGCCACCCCUUUUUUUUCAUCUCCUGCCCCUGCUAGUGUUGAGGCCCCGCUCUCGAAUGAUCUCCCGUCAGACAAGUAUGACUUCCUCACUAACAUGGGGCCCAAAAAUGAUUUCAAUUUAGAGCUGACUAACGGGACAGAAAGACCCUCUCUGUCCACCGAAUACCUCAUUAGAUUAGACAGUCCACCCUCUGCCCCCUCUCUGCCCAACGGUGAUGGAGCAGACCUCCCCCCCUCAGACCCAGUUCUGGAGGCAUCAGAGACUCUGGCCAAGACUGCUCCUCCUGUCAACGAUGAGAGCAUUUUUUCUGAUGAGAAAGGCAAAAUGGAGGAGGCAGGAUUAACAAACGCCCUAACGGAGAUCGCUGCAGAACGCAACAGUGUCAUACAGACAAAUACCAACGAGAGCAAAGCAUGAUGGGCCGGGGGAACCCCAGCCUGAUCCAAAACAUUUUGCAGCAGCAAAAGCGAGAGAAACACUGCAAGAGUUUUGAUUUCCAGUGCCCUUAACUACAUAUUCAAAACAACACACACUUGUUGAUUGGUUAGAGCGCACUACGACUGUGGUUUCAUUCAUGAAAUGUUUACUACACCCGAGGAGUUUAUCUUUAGCUCAUAAGAGAUUUAUUUUAUUUUUUUAUUGUUUUAUUUAACCAGUCACGAUAAUUAAGAACAAUCUCUUAAUAUAACGAUCGCUUGGUGAAUAUAUGAAAUUACUUUUACUGUGCUUAUAGUUUGAAUUGCGGUUGCACACAAACAUUGGAUUAUUAUGAGAAAUGUAAAACAACAAAAAAAAGACUAAAUAUAUAUAUACAUAUAUAUAUAGAAAUUAUUUUUCUUAUUUUCAUGUUCGACUGUUCAAAUGUAAAACUGUUUGCAUUUUUUUUGUUUGAGUUCUUAGUUUUUGGGCUUGUCCCAUUAAAUAGCUUGUUCUGCAUGUAUGACCUGCAAGUGGUUGUGAAGUUCUGUUAACAAGGUUUAUUGUCUGUUACAGGGAUGUUUAAUCUCUCACAGUUAUGCUGGCAGUGAUUAAACACAGGCCCAAGUUCAGUGUUUGGAUUAUAACCAUAUUUGUUAUGGUUAUUAAAAUACAGGAUUAACCCACAGCCAGCUGCAGGAGGAAAGAGUGACAGAGAAUCCAACAACACCUCGACAGUGUGCACGAUUAGAUCUGAUUUGGCUCAUUAUAUGAUCAAAUAUACUCUGUCACUGCCUUACCACAAUGUUACUUAAAAAUGUUCAUCAUUAAAAAUGUAUUUAGUGAAAAAAGAAAGAAAAAAAAGGCAACUCAUUGAACACAAACAUUCACAGAAAGACAAAAAAUGCCAGCAGAACUGCUGAUUCUUAGCCAAGGGUUGAAGAACCGUGAAUCAAGCGAAUGUCAUCUGAUCUUGAGCUAAAUAUACACCACCUAUUUGUUUGAGGGCAACAACUAUGAAAGCUAUCAUUUCUUCCUCACAUUUAAGCAGAUCAAAGGUCUGGCUUCAUACUUUGAGUUGUGCUUUUUAAGCAAAAAAAUAAAUAAAAACUCUAAAAAGCGUUUUUGUACUAUUUAAAAACUACAAAGAUUUAUUUUCAAUUCCUGCCUGCAGGCUUGUGCACUGUGCUUGUGUGUCAGUAGAUUGUCCUGUCAUCAGUUUCUAUGAUAAUCUGCAUAGCUUUGUCGUGAGAGCUUUAGCUGAUACCUUUAAAAAAAAAAAAAAAAAUUGUAUUAUUAGAAGAAAAGUACAAUAAAUGGACUAAUGUGGUCAUUAUAACACGUGUAGUGUAUUAAACUGUCCGUCUCGGGUCACAGCACUAUAUAUUGCCAGCUAUAGUGAAGGAAGGUGUUUUGAGCCUUGGCAUGAAUUCAGUCAGUACCUCAUUACGUAUAACUACAGGGCAGAUAGAUGUGCCUGUGUCUGUUUGGGGCAAAUCGCUCUCAUAUUGAUUUAAGAUUUGAGUGUCUUUGGGGCUGGUUCUGGCAUAAACUACACAUUGUUUUUAUUUCUCUCCCCAGUUGUUAUUCAAGUGUUCUGUAAUGUGGCUUUUGAAUUUUCUUUUUUCAGUUUUUGUCUUUUGUAUUAAAAAAAAAAAAAAAAAAAACUCACCAAGAG